CUAAUAACUGAUUUUAUCAGUUUUUAGGUUUGCAGAUAGGGUAUUGUUCUGUACUAGAACGAUUAUAUUGCAUGUAGAUAACCAAAUAUUGUCAGUCAACACUGGACAAAGGUCUUCUUCAUUUUCUGCUCAUUAAUUAAUCAAAUAUGUUGUCAAUAUUGAUGAGUAAUGGGAAUUCUUUUGCAUUAUGACGAUAUCGCAGCAAAUCAUUCAGUCAUUGAGAUCGGAUUCUCAUAUUUCCACUGGCAAUUGUGGAGAAGAGAAUGAGGAAGACGUUUUUGAUCUUGAUGAACAUCUUCGAGCCGCGUCGAAGAAAGUUUUGCUGCAAAGAAUAAAUUUUGUAGAAGCGAAGCAGCCAUAUCACAUAAACUUGAAGAAAUUGAAAUCAAAAUACGUUAUCUUAAAUCCAAGUCAAAAAAGUGAAGCAACUAAGAAUUCAAUCACCAUGUCUCCAGCACUUAAAGUUAAUGCCCCAAGCACUACUGAAACAUCUGGAACAGGACAUGAUGGGAUACCAGCACCUAAACAUACAAUAUUUUCAGCUGACAAGGUUGAAUUGUCUUGGAAAAAAGCGAUGCGUGCCGGAUCUGGACUUUGUAAUUUAGGAAACACCUGCUUUUUGAAUUCAGCAUUGCAAUGUCUCGCAUACACUGCACCUCUUGCUAAUUAUUUAAUACAUUUGGAUCAUAGAAAACAUUGUCAGGUCAAUGGACAAUUUUGUAUGUUAUGUGCCAUGCAACAGCAUCUACUCAGCAUACAUUCCAACUCAGGACAGCCUAUAAAACCAAUGUAUAUUCUGAAGAAUUUGAGAAUGAUAGCGAAACAUCUGCAAUUUGGUCGUCAAGAGGAUGCUCAUGAAUUUAUUCGAUAUUCAGUUGAUGCAAUGCAGAAAGCUUGCUUGUUUGGAUAUCCAAGCAAGAUGGAUGUUCACAUCAAAGCCACUACUGUAAUUCAUCAAAUAUUCGGUGGAUAUCUAAGAAGUAGAGUGAAAUGCAGACAAUGCAAAUCAGUGUCAGACACAUACGACCCCUUCCUUGAUCUAAGUCUUGAUAUAAACAAACAAGGAUGUGUUGAUCUUCAGCGUUGUUUAGAAAUGUUCGUUAGAAUUGAAGUUUUGCAAGGUGAUAAUGCUUACAAGUGCAUGGAAUGUAAGUCGGCAGUUCAGGCUUGUAAAAAAUUCUCAAUCCAUCGUGCUCCGAAUGUACUAAUGAUACAGCUGAAAAGAUUUUCUAAUUUUAUGGGAAAUAAAAUCAACAAAGAACUAGUUUAUCCUUCGAAACUGAAUAUCGGACCUUAUAUGAGCAACAAACCGGAAUCUGGUCUUUGGUAUGAGCUGUAUGCUGUGCUAGUGCAUUCAGGAUACUCUUGUCAGUCAGGACAUUAUUAUGCUUACGCAAAAGCACCCAAUGGACAGUGGUAUUGCUUCAAUGAUUCAUCAGUUCACCAAGUGAGUGUGAAUCAAGCCUUGAAUCAGCAGGCGUAUCUUCUGUUUUACUCCAAAAAUCCAAAAGCUUCUACACAACUAGGAAAUCUUAAGUCUGUGAAUAAGAACUUGCACGGAAUGCCGAUGAAUAAACCUCAUCAUUCUGGCGUUGCAAACAGAAUCAAGCCAGCUUUGAUCGAACAUCAUAAAUUCAACAAUAAACCUGUGAUAGGACCUCAACUUCCUCCAGGCUUCAAGAGAGACAAAGAAUACACAUUCUCGUCUAAUUCAUCAAGUUCAGACACAGGUUCACCUAUGUCAAAACAGUUCAACAAUCAAACGAAAUUGCUCAAAAAUGCCAUCAAACCUUCAGCUGGAAGUUUGAAUAACAACAACAGACAACCUUUGCAGUUUUCUCUCAAAAGAAAACCAAAUCCACCAACAUCCAUUAACAUUACAUCAACAAAUAACAACAUCGCUAAUCGUGAUAGUUCGAAGUUUUCUAAUGGGGUUCACACAAGCAUGACCAAAUCACGAAGCUUCAUUGACCAAAAUAAUACUUCUGUCAAAAAAACGAAUAUAGAAACGAAGAGUUCAACUUUACCAGCCAAUUGUUCAACAAGUGCGGUUCGAUCUCCGAUACUUGAUAAAUUCAUGAAUGAUUCAAAUGUUGCUGGACCCUCAUCAUCAUCUGCAAACACAUCUCAUUCAUCUUUAUCUUCCACAACAACUUCUGUUGGAUUAAAAGCUCUUGUCUCGUAUUCUAGUGGUGAUGAUGACGAGAAUGACGAUGAAAGCCAGGACGCUUCAACACUAAGUUACACGACAAUGACAUCUACUUUACAACAAUUAAGACAGGAGUCCGGCACAAAGUCAAAAACCUUGUCUAAUGUUUCUAUCAGUAAUAAAAAAGUUACUGUUAAAAGAACAGUAUUUCUUCCAGUUGGAGUUCCUAAAGAAGGGAAUGAAAACAAUGAAUCGAAGAUAUCGAAAGAAAUUUCCAAAUCAGGUUUGGGAGAAAUUAAACAAGAUGAUAGAGUUGCCAAUUCAAAAGAGAUGAAGGCAAAGCAAGUGAAACAAUCUCCAAUAAAGGCAAAGUAUGAAUCUAAUAGAAAUUCUGAUAGCAACGUCGUUACAAAGACAAAAAAGAAAGAGUCUCCUUGCAAAAAUCAACCAUUUUCGAACAGUGAAUCAGCGUCAGAGAGAGAACCGAUCUUACUAGUUUUGAACAAUGAAAUAAACUCUGCUGUUACGAGUGAAUCAGAUAAAAAAUCUGAGAAUCAAUCAGAGGACGAACCAGCUGCAACAAAAAUUACUUCUUUUAAUUAUAAAAAGAAACAUACUUCGGAUGAAAUGAAAUCAAAAGAAAAACAUGGACACAAGAACGGGAUUAAGGAGAAUGGAUACAGUAAUGGCCAUGCCAGCUCGAAAGAAAAGAAAGAUCAUCACUCACAUUAUGAAAACGACUACAAAAAGCAUUCCAGGUCCAAAAUGAAAGAAUCAAAGAAAUCGAAAAAGGAGAAAAAACAUCAAUAUUCAAGCGACUCAUCUACCUCUACAUCAUCGUCCUUACCAUCGAAUAGAAAAAAGAAAGAUGAGAGAAAACGGCAUUGUGAUCGUAGUGAAUCUCCAGCGGACCGAAGCCACAACGAACAUUCUCAAAAAUCUUCCACACCGACUAAAAAACGAAAACGAGACAAGAGUGAACAUAGGCGAUAUUCAGAUGAUGAAUAUGAUUCUGAUGAUAGUUAUGAUAAAAGAAAGGAGAAGAAACAUAAAUCAUCUAGUAAUAAAAAAAGAGAUUCUGUUUCGAAGAAGACGAAAAAAGAACAAAACCGACAUUUUUAUUCACCUUUGAAAAGAUCUCACUCCAAAUCGAACAGUCAUUACUCAGACUAUAGCGAAAGUGACUCGCCAAAACGACACUCAAGUAUCGAAGCUUUAUAUUGUGAUAAAGAAGAAUUUGAGCAAUGUAUCAAGAGGAAAGCAAAGAAAGAGAAGAAAAAAAGAUUGAAAAAGAGGAAAUUGUUGCAGACAAGCAUUAACGAAAAAUCACCAUCAGUAUCUGAUCAUGAGAAACACACACAUCGUGAACACAGGAAAAAAAAUAAAUCUGGUGAGAAGAUCCAUAAAUCAAGGGAACAUUCAGACACAAAAGAUUAUGAAAAAGACAAAACUUCACAUACCAAUGGCGAUCAACACCAUAGAAGUUCAAAUGGAGAGAAAAAUUACAAUCAGGACCACAAAGAGAAACAACAUCGUGAAUCUUCAUCCAAAGAAAGGCCAAAUAUUUUAGCACAACUACUCAGACAAUCAUCUGGUAAAGCAUAUGGAACUAAAGUGGAUUCAUGGAACGGUGGAGAAUCGAUAGUCGAGAAAGAUGCUCAACAAACAUAUGCAGAACAGAGGGCAGCUUCCAUUGAUGACUGGGAUAGAGAGUAUGAUAAAGGAAAGGUUAAGAAAGUGAAAAAGAAAGAUCAUCAUCACCAUCACAGUAAACACGGUCCAGUUCACAAUUUAUUCCAGAAAUUUCAAAAUAUUAAGAAUCACCGAAAUGAUGCUUGAUCUACUUUGAUCAUAAUUGUACUCUAUCAUGAGAUCACUACAUGUUGUACUGUGUAGCUUUUUCACAUAAAUAUUUACAGCCUGCGAUUGAACAGAGGCGACAUUAGCAGGUCUCAAUAAAUCGUCCGAAAUGGUGAUGAAUUAACUUUGUUUUCUAUAUUAUUGCUCUCUAUUAAUCAUUAUUUGUAUUGUUCUUCGUGCCAUCUCGUUUCACUUUGAUAUCUAUGCUUAUUAUGUACAAUGGCCAGCUUUUUGAAAGAUUCUGAUCUGAUGCUUCAUGAUUUAGGCAUUGUUUUGUGAAGUUUCAUGCAUUGAUUUGCUGAUUCGAAAGAAGUAACACUCUAUAAAAACGGUGAUGUACCAUAAGUGAGCGCGAUUUAUAGAAAGUUCUCAAAUUCACCAAAGACUUCUAUAUUGUAAAAAAUCCUGAUGAAAGAAUGUUGUAAAACAAGUCACAACCUAGUAAUAAUUGUCCACUGUACUAUAUUUCAUGGGAUCGUAAAAUGGCAUAUUGUAUCAUUGCAUAUUGUUAUUCAUUCCAUGCAUAUUCUUAAUGGUGUAGAUGUAAAUUAAAAAUUAUGUACUGCCCUGUAUAUAAAACUACCAUGAAUGUUAGUUCAGGACGAGCAUCAAUAUUUCAGCCAGUUAUGCUAAUAACAGGGAUGUCACAAUGUUAAAACUGUUCUGCAAUCUCGAAUUUUUGAGCGGUGGUGAACACAGGAGAACAUCAAGAUCAAAUUUGUACCGUGGUUGUCAUUUGAAUCUUUAUGUGACAGUAGAAAAUGUAGUAUGUAUAUCUGAGUUUUCAUAAAACUUAGAACUGUCAGUAGUCGGAAUAAAUAUGUAAUGUUAAUCUUUUGGUUUUCAGUGCUGUCCGUAGGCAAUUUCCUCUCUACUUUCGUUAGCAAGUACUGUACUCUUAUUUUUCCUGCUGCUUGGUGAUUAAAUAAUAAAAUAAAUAAAAAGUGCUUGUG